UAAAUAUUUUUUACAGAUUUACAUUCCUUAAAUAAAUAUUUUGUGUUGUUAAAUUCUUACAUAAAUGUAUUUCUUCGUUUAUAAAAAAAAUGGAUAAAAAUUACGUAAAAUCAGUUGUCGAAGGCCUUAAAUCUUCGUCAUCCAGUCGUGUUCAAGAAGCUCUUUUAAAAAUUAGAAGCAAAAUAACUUUAAAUGACGCUGGAAUAAAACUAUUCAGGCAAUGUAAUGGCUUGGAUUAUUUACUACCACAUUUGCGUAAGCCUAACGAAAAAAUUCUCGACAUUACACUAAGUAUACUUGGGAAUUGCUGUUUAGAGGAAGAGAGCAGUUUAAUUGUAGGAAAAUUGAACAGUUUUGGUCCACUGGUGUCAAUUCUUAAAACUGUUUGUCGAGACAGCAUUGUUGGAAGAGCUUGCCGUGUUAUUGGUAACCUGUCACAAAAAACGACCAAUGCGGAAGGGCUACACAAUCAUGGAGUUACCACCACACUUGUUACACUUAUUGAGAAUAGAGACAAAAACACUUCAUACCCUACUCUCACAAUGGCUGUCAGGGCUAUCAGACAACUGUGGAUGAUUGUAGACAAGAGAGAUGAAAUGCUUAGUGUAAAUGCAGUUCGUUGUAUUGCUAUAUUGCUUACAACUGAAUGUGAAUCAGCUGGCAUUAUUAAAUCCACCAAUCCCCAUAGAGAAACUGAGGGCAUCAGAAAAAGUCAAGAAGAGUUGAUAACUGGUAUAUUAAAAUGUUUAGGAUAUUUUACUACACAUGCAACAUUGCAGUGUGCAGAGCAGAUUCAAGGAGAUGGUAGAGGCUACCAGUGCUUAGUAGCGCUUACUAAGACCUAUGAGUCAACAGCAUUAAAGUGCCUCAUGAAUUUAUGUUAUCUGUCCCAAUGUAGGCCAUUACUUGGUACUGCAGGCUUAGUUGAGUGUCUUGUCAGUAUAUUACAUAAGAUUUCAGAGGUGUCAUGGUGGCCGGAAGGUGGGGCUCGCGCCCUUGCUCAGCUGAGUGGCGAAUCUGUGAACCGUUCUCGUCUGCGGCAUUGUGGCGGUUUGCCCUUACUUGUGACCGCGGCAAGGGUACAUCCAUCAGCUAUGCAUGCUCUUUUACAGUAUGUUUUUGAUGACACAUCAUUCCAAAUACUAGUAAAUGAAGGUCUUAUUAGUUUACUAACUGACGAACUAACAAAAUAUCUGGCUACAAUGAAUUAUGAGCAUAGUACAGAGAAUGUAAAUGUAAUGUUAAGUGAAACUACUGGUUUACUCAAUGAAAAAGACAAUAUAAACAACAUAAAAUUAGAUACUCCAUCACAAGCAAACAAUUCACCUACAAGCAAUCCAGAAACGAAAGGGAGUCUAUUUAUGCGACGAAAAAGCCAAUUGCUGUCAAAAAAUGAAGAUGAGUUAAAAGUAAUAAUUGAAAGAGAUAACAUGAUUGUUGGAUUUGUUGACGCUGUAGAUAGUGAUGCCUCUGAUGACAGUCAAAGUGAAGAUGAAAUUCCUGUACAACGUCGCAAAUGUCUCAAGAGAGCUAGGUCCAGAAGUCCAAAAAUGAAGUCACAAUUGAUUAAAAUGGCCAGUAAGGAUUGGUCGGCUGGUGUUUAUUGGGAGCCAAAGAGCCCAGAAUGGCCAUCUUCUUCACAGCAAUCUGGAUCACGUGGCGCACUAAGUCCAGAUAGAGGAGAUUACGGGCCUUUGUCUCCAUAUUCAGAUGGAAAUCAGUCUGGUUUUAGUCCAGAAUAUCGAGGAUUUUCCAACAAACGAACUAAGUGGGACUGGAGUCCUGAGUCCGGUGUGAGCACAGGAGAAGGGAGUUCGGCAUCACCAUAUUGGACUGAGUAUCAGUGGAGUCCAAGUAGUUCUGGUAGUCCUACCUCUCCUUUCAGUGUUAAUGAAGAUAGUUCCGACUCAGAAAUAUCAGGACGUUACUCUCCGGUAUGUAGUGAAACUGAGAGUGACGUAAUAGAUUUAGCUGUAACGAAAAACGCGGCCGCGGAACUAGAUGCGGCGCAAGUUGCGCAGGACCUAGACGAACUUAUAAUGGAAGACGACGAGAGUGUCGACGAAGAAGUGCCUUUGGAAGACAUUUGUACAAUUACAACGGAUAUAAGUACGAAGUCCUCUCCCAUAGCUUGUGUACUGGUUCUACUGUUUCGUGUAUCCCACGGUGCUUGCAACUAUGGUGGCAUUCGUGAGGAACCAGUACCGAAUCAUACACUAGAACUUCUCACAGGGAAGGAGUGCUUAAAUGCAUUGCUCGAUUAUAUCGAAAGAUGUAAGCGGCCAUUGGGUAGGGCUGCUCGUAUUUUAGCAAGGGUGUUAAGUAAUGCACUUUGCUUAAUGAGCAUAUUGAAACACAGAUUAGCUCUUAGAUUACACAAUAUGUCAGUAAGUUCCAAGCAUCCACCUAUAAAGUGUACACAAUGCAAACAAAUAGUAAGAUUAAGUGCGAAGCUACUGACUCAGUUGACUAUUCUUGCGGAGUCAAGUUACGGUAUAGGAGAAAUUAGUUACCAAUUACUAAAAGGGAGUGCUGCUAUGAAACAAACACUUUCACUUACAUUACCAUACAUUGUGAGAACUGAAAAACCUUUAAAAAAAUAUUUUAUUGAUUGCAAUGCAUUGACUUUUUUAUUUGCAAAUAUUGCCGAAUCAAAAGAAGAUAUGAAAGAUUGUGUCACAGCGUUAGUUAAGUUGGCAACGAACGUACAGAUUAAAGAUCCGAAAUCACUUGAAAAUAGAUUUAAUGAUCAAAUUAUCGUUAGUUACGAUCCUAUACUGGACAAUCUAUCGGUAGAUAAUAUUGUUACAUUUGAAUUAGAUGACUCGUCAAUGGUUAAAGCGAACAAAUUAUUUCUGUGUCAAAAUUCUGAGUAUUUCAGCGCGAUGUUGAUGGGUCGUUUUAAAGAAUCUGUAGAGAGCUGCGUACGAUUAACAGAUGUAACGAAGCCAGCACUUGAAUACCUAUUCACACUUCUGCAAUGUGGGUUAAAUAACUCUAAGAGUGAUAUACAAGUAUUUCCAAUGGCUGACAAUUUAGAAACGAAUUUAGAAGUACUGUUAUUAUCAGAUCGAUAUUUAUUCGACAAACUAAAAGAACUGUUGAGUAGUGCCAUAUUACAAUUUCAAUUAACUCCUGAAAAUGUCGAUAAAAUUUAUGUAUGGUCGCUGAGUAAAGGAAUGGGAUUCUUAUGCGUUGAAUCUGUUGCGUAUUUAUUAACUGGGAAAAUGAGUGAAUCAUCCCGUACGCGAUCAUUUGAAACAAUACUCAAUUUAGAGUACAGAGAUCAGUGGUUAGAUGAUAUUAAGGGAAUGAUUCGAAGACAGCUAGUAAAAUAAAAAAUAUUUACACGCAACUCUGUUUAUAUGCAUAACCAUGUUUUUAUUCCUGAGAAUGGUAUGUUAAAUGGAUUCUUUAUAAAUAUAGUUUAUUUACAA